UCAACUGUCAUUAAUGUCAUCAACAUAUUUCUUGCGUUUUCUUGCAUCAUUAUUUCUUUCAAGAUUUUAUUGUAAAUUCUUGGUCAUUUACGGCAAUAUUUUAAUUAUUUACUGAUAAAUGAAUAAAGGCAGUAGUGUAUGUGCUUCAAACUCUUAACAAGGAAUAGCAGCUAUGGUUUUCUCUGAGACUAGAAUAGUUAACAAUCCAGCUAGAAAAAGAAGACUAAGAAGAAUCAGGUCAAAGAUAAAAGCAGCUCGAGCAAGUAAAAAAUUAAAUAAGUCUGUUGAUUCAAGUCAUCUUGAAUCAAUAAAUCUUGAUCCACAACAACAACUGCUAAAUGGUAUCAAAAGUAAGCCUCAAGAAUUAGAAAUAGAGAAGACAAGUUGUUCCAAAUCAGAUAGUACAAAAGAAAACACAGGAAACAUGUCUUCAAAGGAAGAUGCAAAGUCCAGGGAAGAUGUGAUAGCUGCUAGAGAAGCUAAAAAACUGGCCAAACAAAAGGGAAAACCGAAACCAGCUCAAGCAACAGCAACUAAACAGCCUGAAGCCCAAAAAAGUGAUAUAAAAAAAGAUAUCAAAGAAAGUAGCACUGAUAAGAUAGGGAAAGAAAAAAAUGAUGCUCCAACAAAAUCUCCAGAAUCCCAGAAGAGCAAAGAUGAAGUUGAUAAAGCUGUAAUACAAGUUAAAACUGAUGAUAUAUCAAAGGAAGAUAUAAAAGCUGAGAGAGCAGCAAAGAAAGCUGCUAAACAAGCCAAGAAGAAGAAAGAAGAUGGCGGAGAUGCAGCUGUAGAUGACAUGACAGUCAAGGAUGUUGUUGAGACCUUGAAGGAUAUUGUUAAUGUUGCAAAAGAGGUACAGGAUGUCACCGCUAAAGUUCAAGCUAUACAUUUGGAACCUAAAAAGUCAGAAGAGAGCAAAAAUAAGGCAGAAGAGAGUGGCAAAAGCAAGGCGGAGCUAAGGGCAGAGAGACGCGCCAAGCAGGAAGCUCAGAGAGCCGCCAAGCAAGCCGCAGUCCAAGAGAAGGCUCCGCCUAAGCCAGAGCCCAAAGCUAAGGCAGAGGAAACUGGUAAAGCUAAAGAGGAGAAAACACCGAAAGUAAAGUCAGCAGAGAAAUCAAAAUCGAAACAGCAAAGUUUGAACAGAGUCAACUGGUUCCAACACUUACACAUGCAACAAGAUAAGGAGUCUAUGAAGAAAAUACCUAUUAAUUCCAACCUUCACCCAGCUAUAAUAAAGCUGGGAGUACAACUGGCCUCGCGAGUUGUGUCUGGUUCCAAUGCAAGGUGUAUUGCAUUAUUAGAUGCUCUCAAAAAGAUGAUAAUGGACUACACGCUGCCUGCCAAGACAGAGUUCGCUCGCGGUUUAGAGGCGCAUCUAGCGGCUAGCCUGGACUUCUUGUGGACCAUGCGGCAGCCGUCCGCGUCUCAAGCUAACGCGGUGAAGUUCACGCGACACCACCUUACACAGCUACCGAAUAAUGUUGCAGAAUUUGAUGCAAAGAAAAUUCUAACAGAAGAAAUCGACCGGUAUAUCAGAGAGCAGAUCGAUAUGGCGGGGGAAGCCAUCAGCUUGACCGUCCGCAACAAGAUCUCCGAAGGAGACAACAUCCUCACUUACGGGUGCUCGUCGCUAAUCGAGCGCAUCUUAUGUGAGGCGUGGGCGAGCGGCGUGCGGUUCAAAGCCAUAGUGGUGGGAGCUAGAGUGGGUCCUGCUGCUAGAGCGAGAGAUAUGCUGCGGCGACUGGUCGCUAAGAACGUGCCGGCUGCUUACGCUGACAUUACUGCUGUUAGCUACGUCAUGCCCACAAUAAACAAAGUGCUGCUAGGCGCGAGCGCGCUUCUGGUGAACGGUUCAGUCUUGGGUUCGCUGGGCACUGCGCAGGUGGCGUUGGCGGCCGCGUCAUACAACGUGCCCGCGCUCGUGGCGUGUGAGACACAUAAGUUCUCCGAGCGAGUGCAUACAGACGCCUUCGUGUACAACGAGAUCGGUGACCCAGACGAGCUGAUCGACAAGACAGACGAGAACUCGCCCCUCAAGGACUGGCGGUCGAACCCCAACCUCACGCCGCUUAACCUGACGUAUGACGUCACGCCGCCCAGCCUCAUCACCGCUGUCGUCACGGAACUCGCAAUACUUCCUUGCACGAGUGCACCCGUAGUCCUGCGGUUUAAACUCUCCGAGUACGGCAUAUAGGUUCAAUAUACUAACUUAGGUUAUGUAUGUAUAGUCGUUUUUUUGAAGAUAUAGAUAAAUAAAUACUACGCCUGGUGAUUGAAAAAGAUACGAGUAAAAUAAAAUCUUAUACUUAUUGAAGCAAAGAAGUCUAAAGUGAACUGCAUCUAAUAGUAUAACACGUGUUGUAUGGAAAUCAUGGCACAAUACGAGGCCUUAACUUUGAAUGAUAAUUACAAUUUACAUAGAUAAAUGGUAUAGAACAUGACGAUGUAAGUCACGUUUUAGAAGUUUAUACGAGCCGAAUAACGCUAAUGCAGCUAUAAGCACACGCAAGUGUGAUGAGUAUGCUGAUUGUACUUAUUUACCUGAUCAAAUAAUAAACAGGUCAGUUUGUGUUUUUCUCAAGAGUUGUGUAUUGUAAAAUGUAAUGAAUGAAAUGUUCAUACUUCUGACUGAAAACACUUUCCUGUUGAUACAGAUUUCAAAUUGUUUAUUUUAUACAAGUCAUUAUGGAAAACCAUGGGGGAGGCCUUUGUCCAGCAGUGGACAUCAUUUGGCUGAAACAAACGAACGAUACAAGUAAAAACAAUAUAGUAUGUGUUCUGUAGUUAGAGAAAUUUAAUAAUGCUCAUGUAUUUGGCUAAAACUUGUAAAUAUUUUAUGUUGGUAUAUUUUGUUCUGUAUAGACAAUACAUUAAUGAGAAAUAAUAAAUGUUUAUAUGAA